UCCCGUGGAUUCGCGGAACCUGCGGGCCGAGCCAAUCCGUAGCGCGGGCGCCACAGAAACCAGUGAUCCCUGAAACAAAAAUCACCACCCCCCGUAGUACAUCAAACAAUCUUUUGCGGCGGCGCGCGCCCUAUAUAUUUAUCGCGCCACCGAAGCCUAAGACCCACCACCACUACUUCUUAGAUCAUCAUCAUCAUCAUCUCAAUCUUGUCGAGAGGUGGAUCGAUUGAUUGGUUUGCGUUUAAUUAAUUGUUGGUUUGGUCGAUGGAGGCAAGAUCGAUGGACAGGCUGAGCGUGCACCACAACGGCGGCGGCAUCUCGAAGCCGUGCCACGGCGGCGGGAAGGGCGGCGGCGGCGGCGGGAAGGGGAGCAGGGGAGGCGGCGGGAAGGGGAUCAAGGUGGUGUACAUCUCGAGCCCCAUGAAGCUCACCGCCAGCGCCGAGGAGUUCCGCGCCGUGGUGCAGGAGCUCACCGGCCGCGACUCCAACGUCGCCGACCACGACCUCGACCAUCACCACCACCACCACCAGCAGCAGCGCUACCACUCCUUCUCCUCCUCCUCGUUCGGCCGCGCGUCGAUGAUGAUGCCGGCGGCUGCGGCAGGCGGCGUCGUCCCCCGCUCCAGCAUGCCGCCCACGAUGGCGACCGCGAACGCCGCCGGCGCGGGGCGGAUGAUGAUGGCGACGGCGGAUGCCACCGGUGGUGGCGCCGCCGGCGUCAUGGCCACGGCGGCGCCCAUGCCGUUCCAGAGCGUGUACGACCAUGGGAGCUUGCUAUACGGUCAAGACUACUGGUAGGCUGGUAGCUAGCUACAUCGAUCGGAGCUCCGUUUCCUUCUACAUGCCACACCACCAUGGAUACGAGUAUAUAUACCGUAUAUAUACUGCUUUCUGCUGUGCAUGUACGCUUGCUUCUGCCUUAGUUAUUGGUUCGAUCAUCUUGUACUUCCCUUGUACGAUCAUACUAAUAUGUUGUUAAUAUAGAGGAGAGGUUUGUAAUUAUGCGUUCGCUGUCUCAACUUUUAACUGAUCAACUGGAUAUUUUUCUUC